UUCAAUGAAUGUCCCACCUUCCAUUUCCAUUUUCAGAAAAAAUGUCAGCCACUCUGACCCAUUUCUUCAAACACCUUUCCCACACACUCUUACGUAGGCGCAGUCGUCUCCUCCACCCACCUUACUCCCCCCUUACUCUCUUACUCACAAGAAGCUACAAGGCCAAGGACCCAUCACCAUGGACCCCAUCUUCGAACACUGCAAAGCCUUCAUCUUCUUCUUCUUCUUCUUCUUGUUGUAUUCCCACGAAAGCGGAGGAGUCUUUCACUUACCCUUCGUACCUCUCCGUUCACAUUUGCUGUCGAAAAGACGUGGCUGAUAUGCUUUCAGAGGCUCUUUUAUGCUUUGGUGCAAGUUCUACAACCAUAGAUGAAGAAGACACCUUUAAGAAUUCUGAUGAGAUUUUUAUCGAUUCUAUAUUUACUGAAGGUGAAGAUGUAAAUGUGUGCAUUUCACAUGCUGCAAAUUCUAUAGGCUUGAAAGAGAUUCCUCAUUAUGAGGUUAAAAUGGGUGAGCAAUAUGACUGGAUAAAGAAAACUCAGGAAUCGUUUCAUCCUGUUGAAGUUAUUGAAGGAAUUUGGGUCGUGCCUCAGUGGAGAAUUCCCCCUGAUGUUCAAGCAACAAAUAUAAUUCUGAAUCCUGGAUUAGCAUUCGGAACUGGGGAGCACCCUACUACUAAGAUGUGUCUAUUGCUGCUACACAGGUUAAUAAAGGGGGGAGAACUUGUCUUCGACUAUGGCACAGGAUCUGGAGUUCUUGCAAUUGCAGCUCUUAAGUUUGGUGCAGCCUUAUCAGUUGGGAUUGAUGUAGAUCCCCAAGCAAUUACUUCUGCACGCCAGAAUGCUGCUCUGAACAACAUCGGACCUGAGAAAAUGCAACUGCACCUGGUUCCUGGCAAAACCCGUCCUUCCUCUAUGGAUGAAAGGAUAUGUGGAAUUGUGGAAGAACAGGAGUCAAAUGGAAUGGGGAUCAUCUCUGAAACAGGGAAGUAUGAUGUGGUUAUUGCUAAUAUUCUUCUAAAUCCUCUAUUAGAUUUGGCAGAUGAUAUUGUGUCUUACGCCAAGCCUGGAGCAGUCAUCGGUCUCUCUGGCAUUCUAUCUGACCAGCUUUCAUAUAUUAUAGAGCAAUAUUCACCAUUCUUGGAGGGCAUAUCAGUGUCAGAAAUAGAUGGUUGGGCAUGUGUGAGUGGCAUUAAGAAAAGAAAUCUUGCUGACAGCCGAGGGAACUUUCAGCUUGCAGAAGCAUAAGUUGCUUGAUUAAGAAGUUGAGCAUUUCAUGCGUUGAUCAUUGCUGUUCAAUGCCAAGCUUGUGGUGUCUGGCAGAUUUCUACAACCUGUGAGUUGCUACUUGAUAGUUUUUCCUGAAAUAUGAAGGAGUGAGCAUCUGCUAUAUCUGAGUAAAAAGGCCACCUGCUAUUUUCAGCCUUUGAUGUCACAAUCUGACAUGCAGGAAUGUCUGGAAUGAAUGCAGUGCUCCAGGAUUUGUAGCAGUGCUGGGGCAAACGGACAACCUUCAUAAUAGAAUUUUGUGAUCUACAUAUCAACAAACAAACAAACAAAAAAAAAGUUUAAAAUGUAUUUACCUCUAAGUUAGGAGUUGCUUCUAAACCGGCAAUAAACUUUCAAAAACUUGCAAUUUACACUCAACUAUUACAAUGAUGUCAAUAUACACUUCUUGUUAUUAUCCACAACAAUUUUGCCACUAACCUGCCUAAAAAUGACGUCAUUUUUUAUAUUUUUCUUAUCAAAACGACAUUCUUUUUGGGUUAGUUAACAAGAAGAUUUUAAUGGAUGUUGACUGAAGAAGCGCACCAAAGUGUAAAUUGCAAGUUUUUAAAAUCAAGAGACCGAAUUAGAAGUGAUUCCAAAUUUGUGUAAAUAAAAUUUUAGCAAAAUAAAGGUAAUUAUUUAAAAUUUAAACCAGCAAAAUAAUAAAAAUGUUAAGAGUUAUCAGUGAAUCAAUGAGUAGCACUUGAGGUUGUUUUAAGCAGCAUCUAUGCAUGUUUUUGAGUGCUGCAUAGACAAUCUUUGAUUAUUCAGCUUGGAGCUACGAUAUAGUUGAUGAAAUACUAUGAACAAUUGCAACUAAAGUUGUCAAUUCCUUUCCAGUAGUUAUUCUGAUUUGUCUAUUGGAAUA